GAGAGAGAGAGAGAGAAUGGUGAAGUUUGAUUUUUGAAUGCAAGAGCGAUGAUACGCUCUCUUGUGUCGUUUAGCGAAGCUUGAAAUUUCAUUAACUGGAUUAUUUUUCUUUGGUUUCAAACUCGGUCACAUAACUGUUCGUUGAGGAUUCUUACUGUGCUUUUUCAUAGAGAUGCGAGUGAUUCGUGUCUGUUUCUCGAUCAGUAAACAGAACAUGUUUCUUGGGCGCGCCUGAUCCAGAGUCGCUGUUUGUCUCCUGCAAGCAUGAAUUAAACGACACAGUUUUGUGAUUGCUGAUUUUGUAAGCAUUGCGAAGUUUCAGAGUAUUGUGUGGGAGAGUGUCAGAGUGUCACAGAGAUACUAGUGCAAAGCUUGAAGAUAAAGCCACAGUGGAUUUUUAAGCUUUAAGCAGUAUAGAAGAAGGAGGAGGACGAGAGUGCUGUGGCAUGAUCUGAAAGUUGAACAAGUCAAAUUGAUUUCCAGCUCUGGCAGUUCCGGUUUCCUGAUUCUUCGUCUCUAACAACAACCAUGGUGGUUGAAGAUAAUAAUCAUGAUGAUGGUCGUUCAACAGAAGAAUGGUUGUUUCAAGCACAAGAGCUUGUCCCUCUUGCUCUCGAGAAGGCCGGGGAGGUGAAGAAUUUCCCAGGAAGGUGGAAGAUGAUCAUAUCAAAACUUGAACAGAUCCCGUGUCGUUUAUCAGACUUGUCGAGUCAUCCAUGCUUCUCCAAGAACGCUCUGUGCAAGGAGCAAUUGCAGGCUGUAUCAUCGAUACUCAGAGAAGCCAUUCAUUUGGCCGAGCUUUGCGUGAAGGAGAAGUACGAAGGCAAGCUCAAGAUGCAGAGUGAUCUCGAUGCCUUGUCAGGGAAACUCGAUUUACACUUGAAAGAUUGCGGCCUGUUGAUCAAAACUGGAGUUCUUGGGGAGGCCACUUUGCCGUUGGCAAUAUCAUCAGAAGCUGAUGUUUCGAGCAAUAUCAGGGAGUUACUGGCUCGCCUGCAGAUCGGUCACUUGGAGGCAAAACACAGGGCUAUAGAGAAACUACAUGAUGUAAUGAAAGAAGAUGAGAAGAGUGUUUUAGCUGUUUUAACACGUAGCAACAUUUCUGCUUUGGUUCAAUUGCUCACUGCUACUUCUCCCAGGAUAAGAGAGAAAACUGUUACCAUUAUAUGCAGUCUUGCGGAAUCAGGGAGCUGUGAGAAUUGGUUAAUUUCUGAAGGAGUUAUUCCGCCUCUGAUAAGGCUCGUUGAAUCAGGAAGUGCCAUUGGGAAAGAGAAGGCUACCAUAACCUUCCAGAGGCUCUCCAUGUCAUCAGAAACUGCUCGUGCCAUUGUUGGACAUGGUGGGGUUCGUCCACUCAUUGAUCUCUGUCAGACUGGUGAUUCUGUGUCACAGGCUGCUUGUGCUUGUACUUUGAAGAACAUAUCUGCUGUCCCAGAGGUUCGACAAGUUCUAGCCGAGGAAGGGAUUGUUAAGGUAAUGAUCAGUCUCCUAAACUGUGGAAUGUUGUUAAACUCCAAAGAGUAUGCAGCUGAGUGCCUACAGAAUCUCACUUCUAGCAAUGAGAAUCUAAGAAGGCUUGUCAUAUCAGAAAAUGGAAUUAGAAGCCUUUUAGCUUAUUUAGACGUUCCUCUUCCCCAAGAAUCUUCAAUGGGAGCCUUGAGGAACUUAGUAGGAUCUGUCUCUGAACAGUCUCUAGUUUCCACGGGCCUACUUCCUCGCUUGGCUCAUGUCCUAAAAUCCGGGUCUACCGGGGCCCAACAAGCGGCUGCAUCUACAAUCUGUAAAAUUUGCAGCUCAGGAGAGAUGAAGAAGAUGAUUGGUGAGGCUGGGUGUGUCCCUCUGCUUGUGAAAAUGCUGGAGGCUAAGUCUAACGGUGCUAGGGAGGUGGCUGCACAAGCGAUUUCAAGCUUGAUGAUGCUGUCUCAGAAUCAAAGAGAGGUGAAGAAGAAUGACAAGAGCGUGCCCAGUCUUGUUCAGUUGCUUGAUCCAAGUGCUCAAAAUACUGCAAAGAAAUAUGCUGUGGCAUGCCUUGGAUCGCUUUCUUCGAGCCAAAAGUGUAGGAAACUGAUGAUCUCCUACGGAGCAAUCGGGUAUCUGAAGAAGCUCACAGAGAUGGAGAUUCCGGGAGCGAAGAAGUUACUUGAGAGAUUGGAAAGAGGGAAAUUGAGAAGCCUAUUUAGCAGGAAAUAGAGAGAGCGCAUUGUAUCUGCUUUUUUUGUACUUUGUUCUUAUCGAAUGUUUGUUUCAUUGUCUAUAUGAAACGAAGUAGCCUAGGAUGCAAACUGGAAUGGUCCAGUUUGCUUAAUGUAACAUGUUAGUUUAUUAUAAAUAUUUAAUCUUUUAUGUUAAUUUGCACAAAAUCUGUAGUAGAAAUACUCUUGCCAGAAGCUAGUAUCUUGGAAAUAUU